AUGACUGUUCCAACAGAUGAAUCGACCACCAAGAAACAAUGGAUUCAUCUCCGUCGUAUUCUCGAACGAAGUGGACCUUUCAAAGAUCCAAAUUUCGAGCCAUCCACUGAACUUCUGUCCGCGAUUGAAUCUGUUAGGAUUCUAAUCAUCGGUGCUGGUGGUCUCGGUUGUGAAUUGUUGAAAGAUUUGGCUUUGAUGGGUUUUAGUCAAAUUGAUAUUAUUGAUAUGGAUACAAUUGAUUUAGCCAAUUUAAAUCGGCAAUUUUUAUUCACAAAAGCUGAUAUUGGUAAAUCAAAAGCGGAAGUUGCGGCGAAAUUUAUCAUGAGCCGCAUUCCAAACUGUACUGUCACACCACAUAUGAAUAAAAUUCAAGAUUUCGAUGGAUCAUUUUAUUCACAAUUUCGAAUCAUCAUCUGCGGAUUAGAUUCUGUUGUUGCUCGUCGAUGGAUCAACAGUAUGCUAGUCAGUAUGCUUCAAUACGAUGAAAAUAAUGCAGUAAUACCAAGCUCAAUCAUACCGUUGAUCGACGGAGGAACAGAAGGAUUCAAAGGUAAUGCGCGAGUAAUCAUGCAUGGAUAUACAAGCUGUAUUGAAUGCACAUUGGAUUUGUUUCCUCCACAAGUCAAUUUUCCACAAUGUACAAUUGCAAAUAAUCCACGUUUACCGGAACACUGUGUAGAAUGGGUUACUAGUAUUCUCUGGCCGAAAGAACAACCAUUUGGUCAAGAUGUGAAAAUUGAUGGCGAUAGUGUUGAACAUAUUCAGUGGAUCGUUGAACGUGCUACAAAACGUGGCAUUGAUCACAAUAUUACUGGUAUCAAUUUUCGUUUUACACAAGGUGUGGUGAAACGUGUUAUACCAGCUGUUGCUUCGACCAAUGCUGUCAUUGCAUCAGUCUGUGCAACAGAAGUUUUCAAAUUAGCGACAUCAUCCGUUAUGUUAAUGAAUAAUUACACAAUGUUCAAUGACAUCGAAGGCAUUUACAUGUUAACAUAUCCACCCGAAAAGAGAGAAGAUUGUCCAAUAUGUUCCAACGUUCCUGUUCGAAUUCAAAUGAGUGAAUCAGCAAAAUUUCAAGAACUUAUCGAUAUACUUGUAGAAAGAUAUCAACUGAAUGCACCAUUGAUCUACACAGAGAUUAAUGGCAAUGCUAAAACUUUGUAUAUGACCAGUACAGAACAAAUGCGUGAAGCGACCAAACCUCAUCUUAGAAUGACACUACAAGAACUCGGAUUAACAAAUGGAAUUCAAUGGACACUUCAACAGCAAAAUAACAAACCUUAA